AUGGCCGACAAGCUUGCAGCAAACACUGCGAAAGAGGCGGAAGCUCACAAGACACUUUACGACAAAGGACUGAAGAUCCGAUAUGAGGUCGCAGGGACUUCUUACGUCGACGCAGCUCUGGCUGGUGGUUCGUCCGACUUUGCCAGGCCGAUGCAAGAGCUCGUCACAGAAGCUUGCUGGGGUUCGGUCUGGGCUCGGCCAGGCUUGGAGAGAAAGCAGCGAUCUCUCUUAAACAUUGCCAUGUUAUGCGCUCUGAACAGAGCCCCCGAGCUUGCAGCUCAUGUCCGUGGAGCACUGAACAACGGAGCGAGUGAAGUAGAGAUUCGGGAGACACUGCUGCAAGCGGCUAUUUACUGUGGAAUGCCAGCUGGUAUCGAGGGGUUCAAAGUUGCCGAAAAGGUCAUUAUUGCCUGGAACGAAGAAAAGAAGAAGUAA